AUGUUGCCCCUAAUGUCUCCAAAAAGUUCAUCGAUGCUGGCAAAGAGAGUAUCUGCAACAGAGGCAUCGGUUCGAGGUACCGCAGCAAAUGCAGGCAGAGUGACCAAGGCCAAAGCUGAAGUAGGAGGAACGGCCGAGAAAGGAGCAGCAUUGGCCGACGUCGGGGUUACAUCUAUUGCAACUUAUGCCGAGCUAUGCACUUGGUGUAUUUACGACGUCUUGGCAUAUCUCAGGAGGAAGGAAAAGGUUCUAUUGGAGUGUUCUCUCAGAUUGUCGGACCUAAGGGAUACCACUGAAAAUGAAGUGAUGCGAGGAAUGUGA